AUGUUUUAAAUCAAUGAAUAUAAGAACUAAUGUUCAAAAAGUAAUUUUAAAAACAAAAGAAUCAUUACAUGCAGAGAUUAUAAUCAUAAUAACGUACGUUUCGACUAAUUGACUAACAUGAUGGGAUAAUCAGACCUGACAUUCGCUCAAAAAAUCUUAGGAAAGGUAAUGUAAUACUAAACUCUCAGAUCAUUUGCUGUCAACUAACUCUAUAAGGAGUUUAAAAUCAGAAUAAACAUAGGAUUAGCUGGAGUAAGACGAACUCUUAUAACCUAAAUUAAGAAGCAGCAUUAAAAUGUAACGAUUUUUAAACAUGGUACAAUUUUGUAAGAAAUAAUCUAAGAAAACGACAAGAAAUUAAAAAGCUCCGUGUAACUUUACCAAAUCAGGCUAGAAGAAAAUUAAUGAUUAAAGAAUAACUUAUGAAAAUGGCUUCAUUAUUUCAUCAACCAAACUCCAAGUGAGCUUUCCAAAAUAUA